GGGACGCCACUGGACUACCGGACUGGCUGCUGUCACUCGCGCUCCGCGCCCUGGCUCCACUCGCCGUCGCCGCUCUCCUGUGCACACCUGGGCGCACGGCGCACACUCGCGCUCUUGCACUCAGCCCUGAUCCUCCGUAGCAGCAGAAUUUGGGAGCGGCCCCCUGUCGGUGCCGCCAGCAAGCCCCUCUAGCUCCCAUCAAAGAGGUCCCAUGGGCCCCGAGAUCACCUGCCCGUGGAGCGGCCGCCUGCCUCGCUUCCAGGUGAGGACCUGGAUCGAGCCCGUGGUGGCCUCGACCCAGGUGGCCGCCUCCCUCUACGACGCGGGGCUACUCCUGGUGGUGAAGGCGUCCUUCAGCACCGGAGGCUCCUCCAACCACAGCGCCAGCCCGUCGCCGCGGGGGGCUCUAGAGGACCAACAGCAGAAGGCCAUCUCCAAUUUCUACAUCAUCUACAACCUCGUGGUGGGCCUGACGCCCCUGCUGUCCGCUUACGGCCUGGGCUGGCUCAGCGACCGCUACCACCGCAAGAUCUCCAUCUGCGUGUCGCUGCUGGGCUUCCUGCUCUCCCGCCUCGGGCUGCUGCUCAAGGUGCUGCUGGACUGGCCGGUGGAAAUGCUGUAUGGGGCGGCGGCGCUGAAUGGGUUGUGCGGGGGCUUCUCCGCCUUCUGGUCUGGGGUGAUGGCUCUCGGAUCCCUGGGCUCCUCCGAGGGCCGCCGCUCCGUGCGCCUCAUCCUUAUCGACAUGAUCCUGGGCUUGGCGGGGUUCUGUGGGAGCAUGGCUUCCGGUCAUCUCUUCAAGCAGAUAGCUGGGCACUCUGGCCAGGGCCUGGUACUGACGGCCUGCAGCGUGAGCUGUGCCUCGUUCGCCCUGUUCUACAGCCUCUUGGUGCUGAAGGUCCCUGUGUCGGCCGCCAAGUCCAACAAGGAGCUUUCCUCGGUGGAUAGCGUGUCUGGCACCAUUGGCACGUACCGCACCCUGGAUCCUGAUCAGCUGAGCAAGCAGAGUGUAGUAGAGCAUGCUCCAUCCUCUGGGAAAGUAAAACCCCCCAAAACCAUCAUUGCCCUGCUCUUUGUGGGUGCUAUCAUAUAUGACCUGGCAGUGGUGGGCGCAGUGGACGUGAUGCCUCUUUUUGUGCUGAGGGAGCCUCUCAAAUGGAACCAAGUGCAGGUGGGCUAUGGUAUGGCUGCAGGGUACACCAUCUUCAUCACCAGCUUCCUGGGGGUCCUGGUCUUCUCCCGCUGCUUCCAGGACACCACCAUGAUUGUGAUUGGGAUGGUCUCCUUUGGGUCAGGAGCCCUCCUCUUGGCUUUUGUGAAAGAGACAUACAUGUUCUAUAUUGCCCGAGCUGUCAUGAUGUUUGCUCUCAUCCCCAUCACAACCAUCCGAUCAGCCAUGUCCAAACUCAUCAAGGGCUCGUCUUACGGAAAGGUGUUCGUCAUCCUGCAGCUGUCCCUGGCUCUGACUGGCGUGGUGACAUCCACCGUGUAUAACAAGAUCUAUCAGCUCACCAUGGACACGUUCGUGGGCACCUGCUUCGCUCUGUCCUCCUUACUCUCCUUCCUGGCCAUCAUCCCGAUUGGCAUCGUGGCUUAUAAACAAGUCCCAUGGUCGCGAUAUGGAGACAUCACAGAGAAAUGAAGGUGCUGACCCAUGGGAGUCUAAAACACCAGCAACAGCCAAGUCCCCUUGAAGACAAAAGAAGGGCCUGGGGAACUGGUGACCAAAGCAAGCACGGGCCUAGAAACUGGAGUGGGCCUCAGAAUCAGCUGCUCUGGCUCAGGGGUCCCUGGUGGGUGGGAAAAAGCACUUUUCUGGUGACAGAAAUUUCUCAGCUUUAAGACACGCCUAUUAGGCAGAGAUUAGGCUCUGUGGGCAGCAGAGUAGAAGCUCCAGGCUAACCCUGUGGGCUGCCUGCUGCCAUUCCAGACCCGACAAGGGGUUUCAGACUCAGGCUGCAGAAAGCCACCCGCCCCACCCUGUUUCUUCCAGAGAUUGUCUAGAGGGCUCCACGGUGUGGCUGACUAGCCCCCUGGGUGCUGUGCUGGGAGUCCUGCCAGAGAACUCGGCCCGAGGCAUACAUGUGCAAUAGCUUAAGGGGAAUGUGGAGGGGACAUUUUAUAAGAACUGGCAUCAGUUUCUCACACAAACACUAUCUUCUAAAUUAAAAUAAAACCUUGAAAGAAGUGAGCUUUCUUUCCUUAGCUGUGAGCAAUGGAGCCCAGGCCUGUGGCUUCUGGGUAAUGUUAUUGCUGCUUUUAAGAGGCAAAUACCAAAAGACUUGCUUCAGUGGAAUGUUCCAUCGAAUACAUUCAGUUGACAAUGCUUCCCAAAGUGGAGGAAGAGGAUUUAUGUAAAGAGCCAUUUUACUUUGAGGUACUUAUUUUUAUAGCCUAUUUGACUUGGAUCUACA